AUUAUCUCAAUUGAGUGGUCUUUGUUCGAGGAGAGAAGGAUUAUCUUGCAAAAAUCGAGCUGGAACGAGCAAAGGUCUGUGAACUCGAGCUGUGAGAGUGCUGAGACUGUUUGGUCGAUAUCUCGAGUUUUACAAGUCCAAUUAAGGCGUGUGAGAUACCCACAGAAAGCUCUCAAGACGAGGAAUCCGUGAAGGUCUGGUUUGCAGGAAUCGGAGUUGUGGAAGGCUUCCAAAUCGUCCGAGCAAAACACAACCUCGCAGGAGAGGAUUUAAUCUUCUAAAGAAUCGAGUUAGCCGGAAAACACCCGUUCUAGGGGCUGUUUUCAUAUCAACGAUUAAGGGUUGAACUAGCACUUUGAGGAGGCUGUUUAACACUCAUAUUUGAGCAAGGAAUCAGUCCCAAAUCCACCUUGACCAAAGAUUUGACCAUUGGACCAAGAAGGGAAAGUUUAAAGCUCAAUUGAGGUUGAGGCUAGAGCUUGCUUCCUGUGCUCGUUGCUCGAGAGAUCAUCUAGGAGCGAAGACUUGAAAUGGACCGUGGUGGCAGGAUUACUAGGAGAAACCCGACCGGCCGUGUACCAGUGGAGACUGGACAGGGCAGUCGAAGGACCUCUAGGGCAUCUAGAGGAGCUGGCCGUGGAGGCCGAUCACAGACCGUGAGUGACGGUCAUGUGGACACAGAAAGUGAAACCUACUGGUCCUAUGAGGACUCGACUUACCAACCGGAAACUGAGCCGGUUGAGACCCCUUACGAAGGGGAUGACGAUGAUGUAAGUGAUGAAGAGGGGGAGAAUGACUCCCUAGCAAGAAUUGAGGCGCUGCUCCAACAAUAUCAACGGGAGCGCGAGGAAAGGAGGCAACGCCGAAGACGGCGAGCGGGGCAACCUUCGGGCAUGGCUUCGAGAGGAGGAAGUCAUGGUGCAUCUAGAGUCCAUGUGGAACCACAUGGAGGCCAAAAUGAUGGAGGUCCAACCAUAAGGAUCUCCAAAUUUAUCAAAGAAGCAAGAGAUUUGGGGUGCAAACCCUUUGAUGGAGCAGGGGACAUUUCAGUUGCAGCACAAUGGAUUAAGAGGCUAAAUCAAGCAGCCCUUGACAUGCAAAUCGCGCCAAAUCUCAAACUGAGAAUUGCGGUAAGAUUGCUCGAGGGGAUGGCAUCCAAGUGGUGGGAUGGAACCAAGAGCAAGUACGGUGAGACCGUCGUUUGGGAGGACUUCCAACGGGAGUUCUUUGCCCAAUAUUAUUCUGAUUUUGAGGUGAACAAGAAGGUGAGGGAAUACACCCUCCUGACCCAAGGAGGUAACAUGACAGUGAAGGAACUUGAGUACAAGUUCCGGGAUCUCGCCGACUACAUACCGGAGUAUGCUUGUGACGAGAACCGAAUGGUAAACCACUUUUGGGAUGCUCUUGACUUGGAGAUACGUGAUAGGGCAACACAAUUGCCUAAUAUGACCUUCGCCCAAGUGGUUGACCAAGCGUUGAAGGGGGAGAAACAGUGGGAGGAGAGGAAGAAGAGAGACGCCGAGGAGGCGAAAAAGAGAAAAUGGGAGAGUCAUGGCUCCCAAGGUUCCAACAAAAAGGGGAACCAUGGAGGAGGAUCUUUCCGGGCACCGCCGCCACCGUCUAGGGGGAAUCAAGGCCCGAGUGGGCAAGGCUCGAGGUCACAAACCUCGGUGGUAACUCGUUGCAACAAUUGCAAGAGGAACCACUCCGGUAAAUGUCGCGACCCCCCUAGAUGUUUUCAAUGUGGGGAUGCCGGGCAUUUGAAGGCGCAUUGCCCACAAUUGGGUGGGACAAGGACAUCGGGACCGAGCAGUGGCCCGACGGGUACACGGAAUCAAACCGGAGCUUCUCAAGCGAGCCGGGGACAUGGGGGAGCGAGUGCGAGCAACGCGCCAUCCGUGAAUCAAGGAAGAACUCAAGCUAGAGUUUAUGCGAUGACGGAGGCGGAUGCUCGAGCUAACCCGGACUCGGUUGCAGGUUGAGGCUAGAGCUUGCUUCCUGUGCUCGUUGCUCGAGAGAUCAUCUAGGAGCGAAGACUUGGUUCGUGCUUCCUCCAUUCGGAUUUUAAACAUUAAUAAACAUGCUCAUGGAUAUUUUAAUAUAGAGCCUGCGUGCUCAUGAAUAGCCCUGUGUGGCCCUUUUGUUUUAAACAAUGUUUUCCGCUGCUUUAUGAAUUACUUAUUAUGUUGUUUAUGGAUGACUUGUGUGUGAAUGAUAUUCAUGACGCCUUGUAUAAUAU